GGUUCCUUGCGGAUGCAUCCCAUGCCGGUUGAUGGUGCCGUCACUUGCUUUGCAGCAUUCAAUAACGUUAACUGUCCAAACGGCUUCUUGUAUUUCAACAAACAGGGUGAUUUGAGAAUCUGUGUGCUGCCCUCUCACCUUUCCUACGAUGCACCUUGGCCUGUGCGUAAAGUCCCACUGAGAUGUACACCUAAUUUUGUUGCUUACCAUCUUGAAAGCAAAACCUAUGCUGUAGUAACCAGCACAAUUGAAACUACAAUCAAGAUGGUUGUCAUCAAUAAUGAUGAACGAGAAAUCAGUAUACCAGAAAGAGAUGAUCGUUUCAUCUUCCCUACAAGAGACUCAUUUUCAAUUCAGUUAUUUUCCCCUUUGAGCUGGGAACCAAUACCAAAUACAAA